AUGUCGGUGCGAUCAGAACGUGAAAAAUCUAAAAUGCAAGAAAAAUAUCAAAUGAUACUUUCACAAAUGCUUAAAGAGGACGAUAAUCGAUUUUGCGUGGAUUGUGAUGCUAAAAGUCCCCGAUGGGCGAGUUGGAAUCUUGGCGUUUUUAUUUGUAUUCGUUGUGCUGGUUUUCAUCGAAAUUUAGGCGUACACAUAUCAAAAGUGAAAUCAGUUAAUCUGGACUCAUGGACAGCUGAACAAAUAGCUUCCAUGCAAGUAAUGGGUAAUAAUCGUGGGCGUGCUGUAUAUGAAGCAAAUUUACCUGGUGAAUUUCGACGACCUCAAGUCGAUUCUGCUGUAGAAACAUUUAUUCGUGCUAAAUAUGAACAACGUCGAUGGCUUGCGAAAGAAUGGAUUCCACCAGAGAUAACGGUGCCUAGUAAUCUUAUAGAAUCAGAAUCAAAUCAACGACAAACAGAAACAAAACCUAAUGUGGAACACGUUGAGAAAAAUGUCAGCAGUACAAUUCCAAAGUUGAAACCAAUCACAGCACCAGUAACAUCUACGAAUCCUGUUCGGCAAACAGGUAUUGAUCGUUCAAUACCAACCAUACAGCUACCGACAAUAACAAAUUCUGCUUCUUCGACACCUCCUAUACAGCCAGCUGCUGUGGUAGAAAAUCCUCCGGAUUUAUUAGGCUUAUAUGAACCAGUGUCCUCUGCUUCGACGACGACUACAAACGAUUCCACGAAAAAUUCUUCUAGUAAUGUAAUUGAUCCGCUACAUGAAAUUUUUGCAACAGCGUCGACGAACACAAAUGGAACCAAUCCAACCACCAGUCAAAGUGCCAGUAAUGACUUACACAAUAUUUUUGCAACUUCGAACGAAAAUCCGAACGCAACCAAUACAAGUAAUGUUAUGACUAAAGAUAAAAUUUUGGCAUUAUUCAAUACACCUCAAACAUCAACUGUCUCAGGAAUGAAUAUGCUUUCAUCAACAAUGCAGGGGCCUAACGCUAAUCCAUCUCGUUUUCCUCAUCCGCAAAUUCGCCAACAACAUCUUGUGGGUCAUCAUAAAUCAGCAUCGUUUGGAAGCAAUCUUUAUCAACAAUCAAGUAAUUUCGGUGCUCAUCCUGGAUUUCAAUCGCCACAAAAUCAAGCAUUUUUACUACGACCAGGAAUGAACACAAUGAAUCAUAAUAAUCCUAAUAACAUGAGUACACCUGCUCUUCAAACGCCACCAUCAACAUUCACGCAUGAACAACUCAACACUCAAUUUUCUCAGUUUGUUCCAUUUGCUAACUCUUUGACCAAUACGUCCGUAUCAACAUUGGUAUCUGGUAUGCCAACCCGUCCUGUUACAGAAUACAUGCCUGCAUCAUCAGAUAUUCGUUGGCAAUAA